AUGGGUCUUAAUUUAUCAGAUCAAUUAGUUUUUUACAAAUCUUAUCAUUAUAAUACCAUAAAUGUCUUGAUUCAUUCAAUAUUUGUUCCAAUAAUUUUAUUUGUUUCAAGUGGGUUAUUAACAAAUUUAAAAAGUGAUUUGAUUCCAAAUGAUUAUUUUAAUGCUAGUUUAAUUAUGAGUAUUGGAUAUUCUGCAUUCUAUUUAUACCUAGAUUUAAUUGGUGGUUUGAUUGCAACUCCUAUAUUACUAUCAUCAUCAAUUUAUUUUACUCAGUUGACAUCAAAUGAAACAAUAAAAAGUUCAAUUAAUCAUAUAUUCAUCAUGUUAUUCAUCAUCAGUUGGAUUGUUCAAUUCAUUGGUCAUGGAGUUUUUGAAAAAAGAGCUCCUGCUUUAUUAGAUAACUUGGUUCAAGCUUUAGUUUUAGCUCCAUUUUUUGUAUUAUUUGAAUUAAUGUUUUUAUUGGGAUUUAGACAAGAGUUAAAACAUGAAAUUGAUUCAAAAGUUGAAAUUAAUAUUCAAAAAUUUAAAGAAUCAAAGAAAAACUAG